CGGGCCGCCCCCUUCCUUCGGCCACGCUUUGCCGCCCAGCAGCGGGCUUUCUUCGGCGUCUCUCCCUGUCCUUUUACCUGGAGUUGGAGGGCAGAGGUGUGUCAACUUGCCUUUCCCUGUAGCUGCAAGAUGCUCAAAUUGGCUGACAUCUUUAAUGCCUCAAGUGAUGAUGAAGACUUUCUUGGGUUUAGAUCCGACGUUCCCAUGGAAACAGUGUCACUGGAGGACAGCUGUGAGGGUUUCGAGUCACUGCCGCCAAGAAAACAGGAUGUUCAUUUUCAGUCCAAAUACCUGACCAAGGAACUGAGAGAGGUUUUCAGAGAUGACUCAGAUACUGAAAUGGAAGCUUUUGAAGGAUUUUCUUCAAAGGAAACUCCAGUCAACCGCAAGAGGAACUUGGAGGAAGGGGAUUCAGAUCCAGAGAAUGACCCUUUACCUUUGAUGGAGGAAGAGGAAGAUGAUGAUGAUCAAGAAAAGGCCUUUCCCAAGAGGAGAAGCUUUGGCCUUCGUGUAGCCUUGCAGUUUCCUACUAAGAAAUCUGCUGAGAAGACUUCAUCCAAGCGCUGCUUAAUGGACAAUAAAAACUUUUCCUCUUUUACCCAAACAAAAAAUGAUAAAACUUGGGAAAAAGUUGACCCUGAAGUAGCAUCUCCAGGGUCUAGAGAAGAUCCUAAAGAGGUACUGGAGGAAAACUCAACUGCCCUGCUUAAAAGAGCCAUGAAUAUCAAAGAAAAUAAAGCCAUGCUUGCCCAGCUAUUAGCAGAACUGAAUUCUAUACCUGACCUAUUCCCAGUGAAAACUCCCGUCUCAACUCCGAAACAGAAAAAAACACCAAGGAGAACAUUUUCAGAAGGCCAGAUCGAGCGUCGUACAAACCCCACCAGAAAUGCUCGUCCCCCCGAGAAAUUUGCUGUGGAAAAUUUUGCAGCUUCCGCCCUUCGGUUUGCAGAACAACUUCACAAUUACAGGCAACAGAACCUCCUGAAGAAAAGGCUAAAAGGGAGCAAGUUGGUGGUGUCCAAAAGGAGAAGAUCAUCAAAAUAUGGUUCAUUCCGACCAGUUGAAGAGAUAACUGAUGAAGAUUUAGAAAAUGUUGCAAUUACAGUAAAAGAUAAGGUCUACGAUAAGGUUCUGGGAAGCACAUGCCACCAAUGUCGGCAGAAGACCAUUGAUACAAAAACAAUCUGUCGUAAUGAAGGCUGUGGGGGUGUGAGAGGACAGUUCUGUGGGCCAUGCCUCCGUAAUCGCUAUGGAGAAGAUGUGAAAUCAGCACUUCUAGACCCAGAUUGGUUCUGUCCUCCUUGCCGUGGCAUCUGUAACUGUAGCUACUGUCGCAAACGUGAUGGUCGUUGUGCCACAGGAAUGCUUAUCCACUUGGCAAAGUUCUAUGGCUAUGACAACGUAAAAGAGUAUCUUGAAAGCUUGCAAAAACAACUUGCUGAAGAGGAUUGAAAAAAAAGUUUAAAACUGUACAAACCUAUAAUCUUGGUGACUUUUCAAAAACCUAAAUCAGAGCGGGAGGUUUAAAUUUUUAUCACUUUUAUACUUUUAUAUCAGAAGUUGUUUGUAUUUCAAAAAGAUCUCAGGAAAACAGCUGUAUAUGUUAUUUGGUUCAAUACAGUGGGAAUUUCUUCUUUAAAAUCUUAAUUGAAAAUGACUGAGAUUAAAUCUGCUUCCAUUUGUUUCACUGGGUUUUCCAUAAGAGAAAUGUCUGUGGCUGUGCUGCUUAGGAAUAGACUCCAGCUGUCAGUAGUUAAUGUUCAAUAAAUCCUAUCAGAGAGUGGAACUU